GCAGGGAUUGGGGGAUGUGGGCAACAAGGGUAACACCUUUCCUCCUGAAAUCACUGGGGUGAUGUCUGCCUGUCGGGGAAGAGCCUGAUGAACCAGGAUCACCCCGUUGGCUCCAUCUGGCUCCAGCUUCUGCUGAACACUCCCUUUUCAGGUGGAGAAGUCAUCGUCCUGGUCCCUCCUGCCUUCUGUCUUCCCCAGGAAAGCACUUCAGUAUUUGGUAGGGCCAGGGGUGCUCCCCGAGGCCAUCUAGACAGUGGCCAGGGAGGCUGCGCCGGCUAGAUUGUGUCAAAGUCUGCCUGAGAGCCGCGAGGAUCCCUCGGCAUUCUCUUCCUGCUUCUUGAGGAGCCUGCGGUCCAUUUGCAGCCUGAGUGGAGAGGAUUGGGCAGGGAUCCCAGAUGUGGAGGUGGAUGGGCAGAACUGGACGUUUGCUUUUGACUUCUCCUUCCUGAGCCAACAAGAGGAUCUGGCAUGGGCUGAGCUCCGGCUGCAGCUGUCCAGCCCCGUGGACCUCCCCACUGAGGGCUCACUUGCCAUUGAGAUUUUCCACCAGCCAAAGCCCGACACAGAGCAGGCUUCAGACAGCUGCUUAGAGCGGUUUCAGAUGGACCUAUUCACUGUCACUUUGUCCCAGGUCACCUUUUCCUUGGGCAGCAUGGUUUUGGAGGUGACCAGGCCUCUCUCCAAGUGGCUGAAGCGCCCUGGGGCCCUGGAGAAGCAGAUGUCCAGGGUAGCUGGAGAGUGCUGGCCGCAGCCCCCCACACCGCCUGCCACCAAUGUGCUCCUUAUGCUCUACUCCAACCUCUCGCAGGAGCAGAGGCGGCUGGGUGGGUCCACCUUGCUGUGGGAAGCUGAGAGCUCCUGGCGGGCCCAGGAGGGACAGCUGUCCUGGGAGUGGGGCAAGAGGCACCGUCGACAUCACUUGCCAGACAGAAGUCAACUGUGUCGGAAGGUCAAGUUCCAGGUGGACUUCAACCUGAUCGGAUGGGGCUCCUGGAUCAUCUACCCCAAGCAGUACAACGCCUAUCGCUGCGAGGGCGAGUGUCCUAAUCCUGUCGGGGAGGAGUUUCAUCCGACCAACCAUGCAUACAUCCAGAGUCUGCUGAAACGUUACCAGCCCCACCGAGUCCCUUCCACUUGCUGUGCCCCAGUGAAGACCAAGCCGCUGAGCAUGCUGUAUGUGGAUAAUGGCAGAGUGCUCCUAGAUCACCAUAAAGACAUGAUCGUGGAAGAAUGUGGGUGCCUCUGAUGACAUCCUGGAGGGAGACUGGAUUUGCCUGCACUCUGGAAGGCUGGGAAACUCCUGGAAGACAUGAUAACCAUCUAAUCCAGUAAGGAGAAAGAGAGGGGCAAAGUUGCUCUGCCCACCAGAACUGAAGAGGAGGGGCUGCCCACUCUGUAAAUGAAGGGCUCAGUGGAGUCUCGCCAAGCACAGAGGCCGCUGUCAGGAAGAGGGAGGAAGAAGCCUGUGCAGGGGGCCUGCUGGAUGUUCUCUUUACUGAAAAGACAGUGGCGAGGAAAAGCACAAGUGCAUGAGUUCUUUACUGGAUUUUUUAAAAACCUGUGAACCCCCCGAAACUGUAUGUGAAAGUUGAGACAUAUGUGCAUGUAUUUUGGAGGUGGGAUGAAGUCACCUAUAGCUUUCAUGUAUUCUCCAAAGUAGUCUGUGUGUGACCUGUCCCCCUCCCCAAAGAUUAAGGAUCACUGUAGAGAUUAAAAAGAGUCCAUCAAUCUCAUUGCCUCGGGCUGCGUUGGGGGAGCCCCACAGCUUUCUGGCUGGCCAGUGGCAAUCUACUGGCCUUGUCCAGAGGCUCACUGGAGUGGUUCUCUGCUAAUAAGCUGUACAACAAUAAAGCCAUUGUCUAGUUCUCCUGGGCCAGCUGGUGCCCGUGAAGGCAGAGGCAGGAACUCAUCCAAGAGGACCGGCCAUGUUGGGUUACAGAAGACAUCCCUGCGUCAGUCUGCUUCAGCAGAUACAACCUGAGUCUGUUAAAGUUGGUUACAAUCCACCUCAGUCUCUCAAUGUGUGCUAUUAAUGAGGCCUCUGAGCUUCCUAUCCAGCAGUGGUGAAGGCCUUGCCCUGGGUGGCAAGAUACUUGCUCUAUGGUCACAGCUCAGCCACUGGAAGCUGUGUGACCUCAGGUGAGCAAUUCACUGUCCAGUCUCCACUUGUAAAAGGAACGCUGGUGAAUCCUAAUGCAUUCAUAUUAAAUGUCUGUUGUCAGGCUCAGAAGAGCCAUGUGCUUUAAGCUGUAGACUGAAUAGGAAGGGCUACCUUAUCCCUAUCUCCCUCUAAAGCUUAUAAAGCCUGCUAAACCCAGUCCCUGCCACAUGCCCUUAAUCAAACCUUUAUCGGCUCUUUUGUUACUCAGGGUUCUAAGACGGACUUAAUUUCAGGUUCCACAUGGGCAGCACAGCAAAAGGAGCCUGAGUGAGGCAGCUCUAUCCCCAAAAACCCCUGACCACAGUUAUCUUCCAGGUAAAAAGACCUCAAAGGCAGCAAUUCUGGCUGGGUGCAGUGGCUCAUGCCUGUAAUCCCAGCACUUUGGGAGGCUGAGAUGGGAAGAUCACUUGAGUCCAGUAGUUCAAGACCAGCCUGGGCAACAUAGUGAGAACCUGUCUCUGUUUAAAUAAAACAAACAAAAGAAGCAAUUCUGCUCUUAACAGCUUGAUCUCAUUGAGCAUUGCCAAAGCAGGGGCACUUUUUUUGUAGUUUCAUGGAGCAAAGGGGCCACUUUAUUGGGAAUGUGAGCCCACAGUAUAUCUACCCCAUUCUGCUUUCCCAAGAAGCCUACCCACUUAUGCUAAAGAAAAUGAUUCCAAUCAUUUGUGAACCCUGCUGAGCUCAGACGAACUCAACUGAGGCUUUGGCUGAGUCAACACCAUAGUCAUGGCCCAGAAAGGGGCUGGAUUUGCUGGAGCCAGGCCUGGGCUUGAGAAACCUCAGUGCCUUGAUUCCACAACAAAGCUGAUCCAGCUGUUCACUGCCUGGACUAGAAAUAGACUGCCCAGAUCCAACAAUUCAGAAUCAACAGGAUUCUGCAUCUGCCCAUAUACAGAACAGCAGAGCAGGGACAACCUUGUGAGGUCAGCUUGUCUGAUCCCCAUUCCUAAAUGAGACCCCAGGGAGGCCUCAGGGCCUGACCACACAGCUAGGAGUGGCAGGGCCAAGAGCUGAGCUCUGGUCUCUUGAGCCCUACGGGCACUUACUGCUUAACAGCAACUAGAGGUUUGUGCUCACCUAUCUUGGGAUCCAAGCCUUAGCCUUUAGAACCAAACAUUUGAACCCAAUUACACUACUGAACUAGUUCUUAGAAGUGAACAUCCCACCCCAGGACUUUCUUACAUGGCUGGUGCCAGAGAGCGAAAGGUCAAGCUAUUUGUAGCUACAGCUUGUGGGAGUGUUUACAGUCAGCUCUAUUGACUCCAAGAACAAACCCUUGACGACAGGGCAUUGCCUCAUGUCAAAUAAAAGUAGUGCACAAAGUAGUGAAACUCUGUGUUUUGCUGACCCCUGCUGAAAGCUCAGUGUUUGCUACGUCAGCAGCAGAGUCAUUCUGUUGCCUGGACAGAAGUCACUGGGGCAAAGCCUACCUACCCGAGCCUAGGGAAUAGCUCCAUGCUCUAGGCCAUGUGCUUGCUGAAGGCUCUAUAAGUCACUUUAAAUACUACCUUGGAGAAUUGUGUCCUGUCUGAACCUGGGAUGUUUUCUGUUGUUUUGAUAUAGGAUCUUGCUGUCAACCAGACUGGAGUGCAGUGGCACAAUCAUGGCUCACUGCAGUCUUGCCAUCCUGGACUCAAGCAAUCCUCCUACUUCAGCCUCCCAAGUAGCUGGGACUGCAAGCAUGCACCAUCAUACCCAACUAAUUUUUUAGAUUGUUUUUUGUCAAGACAGGGUCUUGCCAUGUUGCCAAGGCUGGUCUCCAACUUCUGGGCUCAAGCUCUUGUCCUGUGUUGGCCUCACAAUGUGUUGAGAUUACAGCUGUGAGCCACUGCACCUGGACUGAACCUAGGGUUUUAAGAGCACUCAAGAGUUAUUUUAACUUGCUCUGAAGAAGUGCCAAGUCAGUUGUGAGUGGGAAAAAUUGGACACAUUACACUCCUUGGCUGAGGAAGUGGGUGGGCCUGGCAGUAGGUAAGCCUGGAGAAAUUAGAAACAUUUUAAGAAACAGAAACACGGGAUCCAUAGAGAUGUGGGGAGUGGCUGUGACCCUGGGAUAGCACCCCUAACCUGGGGUUUGUCUCCAUCUUUAAGUCUUCCUUUUCGGGCCGGCGCGGUGGCUCAUGCCUGUAAUCCCAGCACUUUGGGAGGCUGAGGCAGGUGGAUCACGAGGUGUGGAGUUUGAGACCAGCCUGACCAACAUGGUGAAACCCCAUCUCUACUAAAAAUACAAAAAUUAGCCGGGCAUGGCAGCACGUGCCUGUAAUCCCAGCUACUCAGGAGGCUGAGGCAGGAGAAUCAGGAACCCCCCCAGGAAGCGGGGGGUUACAGUGAGCCGAGGUCGCACCACUGCACUCCAGCCUGGGCAACAGAGCGAGAUUCAGUCUCAAAAAAAAAAAAGUCUUCCUUUGCAUUAGCAGUAAGAUCCUUACCUAUCCUAAUUGCCUUUAGGGCAGAGUAAAGGAUGUAGGAAAGCGCUUUUAAGGUUUUGGUCCCAUCUUCCCUUAAAGAGAUCCUUUAGUCCUUCUAUAGGUUCCAUGAGUAGGUGGUAGCUGCAGUGCUCAAACCUGUUCCAUUCCUAAACUUACACACUUGGAGGGAAGAGGAGAAGGGGCUGAAUAAUCUCUGGGUGUCCAUGUCAACCGGGCUGUGCUUGAGUCCCUUAAAUACUGUUUACUGAGCUGAGUACACUAGGCACUGGGCUCUUUAUGACAUCAACUGGGCCUGACAACCACCUAGAAAAGUUGUUUCUUAACCUUAUUUUAGAGAAAACUGAGGCUUGUAAAAUAAGAAUUCUGCUGGGUAAUUCGGCUACUAAGCAGCACAGCUGGAACUGAAGCUGCCUGACUCCAAAGCCUGUGCCCUAAACCCCUAGACAGUUCCGAUGGGAAAGCUUCCUCCAGUCCAGCUUUAUUCUGUGGACCUCUGUGCACGUGAAAGAAUUCUUAUUCUCAGGACUAAUACAUGAAACCCACUGGAUUAGUUAACAGCAGGGAAUCUGACGCUCAUGCAGCACAGCUUGGUUUGAGGUAACAGGCAUGAUGGACGCCUAACCAGUGCUCCCAGGGGCACAGGCAGCCCCUCUUCUGAGAAAGGAAAAGUUGUUUGGGCUUCCUCAGGGCUGGCACUUAAGAGAAGGACAUGCUUGGGUGCCGUCAGCCCAGCACAUACAUGUUCACCUGCAAGCUCCUGAGCACAGGACCAGGGUCAUGCUCCCUGAGAGUCCCACCAUUUCCUUUGCAUACACAGGUCCACAUUGACAAAGUGCAUGCUCCGCAAGUGUGGAGAACUGACAGAUAAAGAGCCAACUGCCUCUUACCUCUGCCCAUCACCCCCACCAGCUGAAACUCCUGAAAUGUGAACUAACCUUAGCAGGAUUUCACCAGAAAUUUAAAAAAAAUUAAAACACCAAGUUGAUACUUAAGAUCUUUACUGAUUUAACUAUAACAGCAACCAUUGAUGAGAAUUUAAUUUUUUCCUUAAUUUCCAAACAUCUGCUGGUUUGGAAGAAUAGUUAAAAUACAAAAACAACUGAUCAUGGAAUCACACAGGACUGCCUCAAGGACUGCGUGGUGCCCUCUGCUAUCCAUCCACACACGGUGAAAUGGAUGGGAGGGAUGAGGGAACAACACAUCAUGGGAGACAGGGAAGACCAAGGAAAGUGCUGGCAGUCUCCGCUUUUCCAUUCAGAAUGGAUGGAACUGGGCCAUUAGUGGCACUAAGACAGGGCAGGGCUAUUUUUUUUUUAAAUAAAAUAUUUUAAAGAUGCAUAAAAUGGACACCUUAGCACGUGAGUGUCCUUUGGGCUCUUCAAGACACCUUCUUUAAGGUUUACCCCUGGAGUAGCAGAGGGUCUCCUCACCCAGGUGGAAAGAGAUGGGCUCCAUCUGCAGAUGAAGGAAAGGCACUGGCGCACGGCACUCAGCAAUGCAGAUACAGGCACCAGGUAGGAGCAGGAUGGCUUACCCAGCAACCUGCCUCUUAGCUCCCUGCUAGUGUUCUUCCCUCCUCCCCGGUUUCCAGUUAAAAGUACCCUUGGCCUGGGCUUUAAAAAAAAAAAAAAAAGAUUAAGCUGGAGAGAAAGGGGA